AUGUUACGGGCGAGAUUGGCGCUUCACGAGAGUUUUCUGGUUUCCCUGUUUCAAAUAUCUUUGGGACUCCUGAAACCUACGAGCUUCAAUCAGAGGUUUUUGGAGCAUACAAGGCGUGCCAUCACACAAGCCUGCGAGUCCUUUGGUCUGACAUUUGCUCACAACCUUACCAUCCUGCCUGGUCUUACCUCUGUCCGUAUUUUGGGUACCAAACCAAGUUCUAACAAGUCAGUUUCCAAUACGAAGAAACCUCUAGAUAUUGAUUGGGAUACCGUGAGAGAGCUUCAAACCAGAACUAAUCAAACACUGAAGAAAGACACUGGCCAACUGGAAAUCGAUAACAAGGCUGUGUUUGAUGAGCUGAAGGCUGCAAACAAGGAUUACAAGAAGGAGCAGUAUUCUACAAGGAUCAAGGACUUGAAGAAGCAGUGGCACACUGAUCGUAGCAAACACCAAGAAAUCAAAGAGCUGAAGGCUCAAAGAUACCAGUUGUUCACCACCAUCAAACAGAUCAAGCAACAACUGUCCAACAUGAGAACUCGUGCCUUUUUGACAAGAAAAGCCAUUGAAUAUAGAAACAAAGACAUCCCUCUUGUAUCAAAUUACGAGCCUCCUCCUUCUGACCAACAUCUCGAUUCAAUGGUGUUUUCGGGUACUGAUAACGGGCUGGCUGUAAUGACAGAAACUAUUGGCAUGAAUCUGAACAAAUACAAAUAUCACUUGCCACUGCAUAAUAGAUUCUCUCCUCUCACCCAUCUCAAUGCUGAUGAAGGCAAUUUGUCUGAUAGUACUGGUACUGCUGCUGGUAACGAUGGCAAUGGCGUUGAUCAAGUUAUUACGAACGAUGCUAGUGACAAGGAUGAAAUUCGUGAUGGCAGUGUUAAAUGCGAUGGAGAUCCCAAUGGUGAUGAUGACGACGCCGGUGCUACUGCUAAUGAUCGUGGUCAGACAACAACAUUUGAACCUCUGCCAGAGUCAUACAAGAUGCGUGCUGAAGAUGUCGACUUUGGUUCUGGCCAAUUUAUGAGGCAAAAGAUCACUUUGAAAGACAAAAAAACAACAGAAGAAGGAAAGAAGGUUCAAGAGAUUGAGCAGCAAUUGCCGAGAUCCAGUGUGUUCAGAGCCAAAGAGGUAGAGGAUGUUGUGUCAAAUCUUGAUGCACACAGAAGCAAUGGCCCAGCAUUGCGUUUCCGUUCUCGUUUUGCUUCGCGUGAAAGAUCCUUUUGUGCUGGUGUUCGUCCCCAAACGUCACUUGCAAUGUUCAUUGGAGAUGGUGGUCUUUGUGUCGGCUCUCGUUUGAAGGGUUAUUUGAAGUAUGGUGGAAAAUGGAAGCCUCGCUUACAUUCAUCUGUCGCCACUGUGCAUACUACCAACGAACACAAGACAUCCCAGACGUGCAUGUACUGCUUUGGGCCCACCUCUCAUCCCACACAAACCAUCAAAGCAAAGGAUGGUAAGACCAAGGCAAGGUCCAUUCAUGGUGCAUUCCUGUGCUUAAAUCCUGCCUGUGUGUCCGUUCUCAAUCACAGAGCCAUUCAAGGUAGAAACAAGACAUCUGCUUUGGCCAUCGCUGUCUCUGGGCUUUCCAUUCUCUUGUUCAAGCAGCCAUUGCCUGUAUUCAAUCCAAAACCCAGUCAAUCCAACACUGGCAUUAUUUCCAAGACCACCUCUUUCUGUAACAGAAACGAGAAAAGGGGCGGCAGCGGUGCUGUAUUAGCGGACGCUUGA